ACAUUUACCUACACGUAUUGUGCCUGCCCAGUAAGAUCAGUGACUGUUCAUUGUAUCGUGAAACAAUGGCAGUGUCGAGGAUAUAUCUAACUGGCACCAUUUAAGUGGUUCCGGGCCGUCUGUAGAAAUGAAAAACAUAAAAUUGCACUUCUGCAUAUUGUGUUUGUCGGUUAUGCUGCUGAUCUUGUUAAUGACUGGGUAUGAACUUCCUUCAAAACAAUGGCUGCCGUCCAUCACAGCCCAAUACGAGGGAAAAUGUAAAACGAACGCGAGUUCUCUGGUCGCCCUACCGGUAACAACAGAAACGCCUCGGUUGAAAGGUUAUAUUGUCUAUGACUGUGACGACCAUCACUCUGGACCUUGUGGGGGUUGGUCAGACCGCAUGUCUGGCAUGUUCAGUGCCUACGUCAUUUCCGUUUUACUACAUAAACAUUUUCUCGUCAGAUGCACACGUUCCUUUAAUUUAACAGAUUAUUUUAUUCCAAAUUCAAUUGACUGGAAAUAUAACUCGUCUUUGUUAGUAGAUAUGUCAUCGAAAUAUCAUAAUUUCUUUUGUAAAACACCUAAUGCUAUCAAAGAAAAGAAUUUAACAAGUCUUAAACAUCUUUUUACUAAGGAUGUCGAUUUUGUGCGUAUAAACUGGGACUACAUUAAACACUUCAGAGAGUUUCAAGGUAUAAAGAAAGUUAUCCCUUGGGUUUCAGAUUUGCCUUUUGCUGAUAUAUACUUGAAAUUUUUCAACACACUUUUCAAACCUACAAAAAUCAUCACGGAAGCAGUAAACAAGAUUGUAAAAAAUGUUACCAAACUUGCAUGCGCCCAUAUCCGUAUGGGCAAAAGUGACACGAUAAUUUGGGAUAGUACACAUACGGAAGAGAAACAGCUUAAACACGUCUGGAUCUUCCUAAAGACAAUGGAGGAGACUAAUCAUAGCAUUUUUAUUGCGACAGACGCUCAGUUCGUGCGAAAUACAGCAAAAGCGUUAUUUAAACACCUUCUGGAGACCAAAGGGCGAAUCCUACAUAUAGAUCAGCGUGCAGGAGGAGAUGGCUUGUUUGGCGGCUACACGAAAGUGUUUGUGGAUUUUUUUGUUCUAACGAAAUGUGAUGUUUUAUUAUUGACGAAGAGUGGAUUCGGCAUGAUGUCCGCCUACCUGAGCAUCAAGAGUUCCGAUCUGUACUGUCUAACGCCCUACGAGGUCGUGCCCUGCUCCCGGUAUACUCUACAACGUUUCUAUCCUACCCAAAUACUCUCCCCUGUGUAGUUCACUGGAAACUCGAAAGCUCUACGAACGUCUAAUUAACCUUCACGUUGUGGAUAAUCACGAUGCGUAUCUUCAGAACUCCAUUAGUGAACUACAAUAACUUUUUCUCGUCUGUUGAACAAUCUACAAUACAUUUCCGUUAAUGCUUCAUUCUUAUGGAGCUGAGUUCAUCUGGGUCUCGUCUUCCAUAGAAUGUAUUAACUAGGGUCUUUGUAUAUUGAGGAAAAACUUAUGUAACAUCCAGAAAAAUGGUAUUUUUGGUUUGAGAGGAGAAUUAAAUUGCUGCAGUAUUACAGUAUAUAUUAACAUAAAGCAGUAUUACAGUAUAUAUUAACAUAAAGCAGUAUUACAGUAUACAUUAAGAUAAAGCAGUAUUACAGUUUACAUUAAGAUAAAGCAGUAUUACGAAGUCUGGGGUGAUUUAGCUUAGUGAUGACCUGGUUAACCAUAUAGAAAAAGAAUGGCAAUUAGUGAAAGGAUUUUCUUUAGUUUUACAAUCGUAGUAGAGAAAGGGUCAGUCCCUAUUUUCACAUUAUAAGUAAUGUGUUCUACCUAGGUUUAUGUGUUUUGGAAUCUGUUCUGUAUCAUAUUACUUCGCAUUGAUCAUGCUCUGUGAGUUAUAAUACCCCCCACGAGAUUAACAUCCAGUUGAUCCUGCUCUCUGAGUUAUUAUACACCCCACGAGAUUAACAUCCAAUUGAUCAUGCUCUGUGAGCUAUAAUACACCCCACGAGAUUAACAUCCAGUUGAUCCUGCUCUGUGAGUUAUUAUACACCCCACGAGAUUAACAUCCAAUUGAUCCUGCUCUGUGAGUUAUAAAACACCCCACGAUAUUAACAUCCAAUUGAUCCUGCUCUGUGAGUUAUUAUACACCCCACGAGAUUAACAUCCAAUUGAUCCUGCUCUGUGAGUUAUAAUACACCCCACGAGAUUAUUAUGUGAUUGGUAUUGUAGCUUAUUUGCUAAUAUUUUAUUACAUUACAAGAUAUUGUAUGAUAUGUAAUAUAAUAAGUUGCUAAUAAAAUAGACAUUUGCAUUAUAUAUCCUAAGUCGAGUUGUUAUUUUAAAAACACAAAUGCCAACAAUUUUCAACCACUUCGAUCCUAGGAGCAAACCUCUGUUAAGAUGGUUCUGUGAUCGGGUUCCAGCCCUGUUCUACCUCUCGAUGUAUAGGAAGUACUAUUAGACGUUUAGAAGUGCAGCUCAUAUCAGAUUCAGAGCGGUAAGGUUGCCAAAGUUUAGCGUAUCCUCGAGAUAUGUUUAUUAUUGUUUAAUGUUGAACAGGAAGUUUCGGUCCAAAUAUCUUAAGUUCAUACUCUUUAGUAUUCAGUAACUUCAGAUUUCUUCAAAUAUUAAUCGUUAAUUGAGGUAACCAUCAUUUUCAUAAAUUAAAAGUCAGGAUAUGGUAUUGAUAAAGAAAAGUCUAUCGUAUCA